AUGAGGAAGCCAUCAAAGUUAAGGUUGAAAGAUAUAUUUAUUUUGUGGAUCAUCACCCAUGUGAACUUAUGUGUUAAGGGAUAUCCUUUGUUUGAGAAAGUUACUGGAUACGUCAAAAGUCUUGCAGCUACUGCCUGGGGAGAUAAUGUAAACAACGGUGUUUGUGUAGCCAAAGCGGUGUCAGAUCAUAUUCCAGAUGUUGGAAUCUCCGCUGCUCUUCGAAAAACCGGCGCAGGGGAUGAAAAAAUCCUUGGAACUAAGCACUUCAAAGGUUCUGGACAAACCCUCAAUCACAACGCAGUAUCACCUGAACCCAAUGAAGCAUCUGAUAAAGAUAAAUUUGGUAAUCCUGCCACCAAGGACGUAAAAGAUGAAACAAGACCAAAGACUGAGGAUACAGUAGAAAAUCUACUCAAAUCUACUUCAAAAUCUGAGCAAACCAAGGCUUUGGAAGCUUCAGCAUUAUCUAAACUAGAACCAGUUUUUGAAAGAGCACACAUCAAGCCUUAUGGUGAGACAAUGGAAUUCCUCAACAGAGACCAUGUGGAAAAACUCUCAAAUGAUGCACUUAUCAGAUAUAUGGCAGAGAAGGAUACACAGAUCCAGAAAAUGGCCAUAGAUUUCCAAGAAGCAGCACAGGCACACAAAGAAGCUGAAGCAAAAGCGUUCACCGUGGCUUCAACACUGUAUAGGCAGAGGGGGAUUGAUGAUGUGGAUAUCCCAAAAUGGAUUGAGAACAAGUUUGUGGAGAUGAAGCAAUCACCAGAUUACAAAGGGGUCUCUGAUCAACAUCUCAUCAUUCUUGUCCGAAGAUCAUUCAUUGAACAAGAGGCAAAUUUGUUCAAAACCAAAGAGAAAUUAAACAAAGCUCAAGAAGCAUCACUAAAUGAAGAAACUUUUACAAAAUUUACUCACACCAAAAAGCAAUAUAAUAGAGCCUAUAUAAAUAUCCGGGAUGCUGCUAAAAAUCUUGUGUCAAAAGAUUCACUCACACCAGAAGCGCUCUCAAAGCUCACCCCCAAGGAAUAUGUGAAAAAGGCAUCAUUUUUUGACAAAGAAGUGUACAAAAAAUAUGUUCAGUGGAAAACAGAAGAAAGACUGAUGCGUGUGGCUGUAAACACUUUUUUCCCAAAAGUGGCUAAAAAAUUCAAGACUGGUCAGUGUGAAAAGGAGUUUGAUGAAGAGUGGGCAAACACAAUUAAGGGAUUGCAAGCAGAUGUAAAAUUUAGAGGAGGGCCAUCUGAUCUUGAGACAAUAGAACAGGCUUCUAAAAGACAAUUCAUCAAAAAACAAGCAAAUCACUAUCCCAAUGAUAUCAAAUUGAAGCAGCCUGAGGAUAAGAUCCAGUUAUUUGAAAAAAAUAUUGAAAAUUUGAUGAAAGACGCUCUGAGGGGCGCCAAUAUAGUAUUCAAAAGGGAUCCUGUGUCCAGAGGCAGUAAGCCAUUGGGAUUUGCAGCCAUAAAAAUUAAGAACACAGGUUGGCUGUUCAUCAAGUUUUUCAAAAAAAUGUUGAAUUGGUUUUUGAAAUUUGGAAGAAAGUCAUCUCAAGGAAACUGA